CCUCUGUUCAUUGUUACCAAGAAUAGAAGGCUUGAAAUCAUCCAGAACUCCUUAUGUUCACCACAGUCAAAAAAAACGGAAACAGCAGUGCUGAACUGUCAACAUAUACUGUGGGAAAAAGCAAAGAAGACACCUUGUGGCAUUUGAUGUUCACUGAGUCCAGUGGAAAUGAUAGCAGUGAUGGGAAGAGGAAUAACGAGGAUUGCUGUGUCCAGCUGAACAUCGCAGACAAAUGCGGAGAUGUUGCAAUUUUCUUCUAAAUAAUGAAGUUGGACAAAAAGCAAGGAGCUGAGAGGCAACAUAUGUAUAUUCUCUGAAUCUGCAAUACCUGCUCAAAUUUAAGGCAGAAGCAAUGAAAGAAGAACAUUGUGAAGAGACUGAGUAAAACCUGUGAUGUGCUGGGGACUUUUUACAAAAGGACAAUUUUUACAUGCACGGUUAGCAGGCUUAUUGAAUUAAGGAGUGUGUCAUCAAGAGUUUCUGGUGAAGCUCUUCUGGCUGCAGAGGUGGAAGAUGAGACCUGAGCCCAGGAUCCAUCUCAUUUUUCACACCACUGAGAUUUGUACAACUGCUCGAGACAUCUGGAUGCCUGGCUUUGUAGGCAGAGCCCGGAGCCCCCCGCACCCGGAGCGUCUCCGCGGGCAUUCACCGGGCACAGGACCGGCGGCGAGCCGCGAGUGUUUCUCCGAGGGAAACGCGGAUUUUCCUCCAGAUCACGGCACCUGCACCGACACAAGCGGCGCCCGACGGACCCCGCUGCUCGCCCCCGCUGGACACAGCCCUCGCCGGGGCCAGGACGGCCUGCCCCAGCAACGAGAGGCAAACAUGGCCCAAGCACCUGCUGACCCUGGCAGCGCGGAACCUGCGGACCCUGAGGAGAGCUCCCCGAACAUGAUCGUCUACAGAAAGAUUGAAGACAUCAUCACAAGAAUGCAGGAUGACAAAACAGGUGGAGUUCCCAUCCGAACUGUCAAGAGCUUUCUGUCUAAAAUCCCCAGUGUCGUCACCGGUGCUGAUAUUGUACAGUGGCUUAUGAAGAACCUCAGUAUCGAGGAUCCAGGGGAAGCAAUACACUUGGGAAGUCUUAUUGCUGCACAGGGUUACGUCUUUCCAAUCUCAGACCACGUCCUUACCCUGAAAGAUGAUGGGACGUUCUAUCGUUUUCAGGCACCGUACUUUUGGCCUUCAAACUGCUGGGAACCAGAAAACACAGAUUAUGCCAUCUAUCUUUGCAAACGGACCAUGCAGAACAAAGCCAGGCUGGAGCUGGCGGAUUAUGAAGCCGAAAACUUAGCAAGGCUUCAGAGAGCAUUUGCAAGGAAAUGGGAAUUCAUCUUCAUGCAAGCUGAGGCCCAAGUGAAAAUCGACAGGAAAAAGGAUAAAACAGAAAGGAAAAUUUUGGACAGCCAGGAGAGAGCAUUCUGGGAUGUGCACAGGCCUGUGCCAGGUUGCGUAAACACCACAGAAAUGGACAUUAGAAAGUGUCGUCGUAUGAAAAAUCCACAGAAGGUUAAAAAGUCAGUGUAUGGGGUUACAGAGGAGUCUCAGCCCCAAAGCCCCGUACACGUGCCCUCCCAACCUGUACGCAAAACUACAAAAGAGGAUUUCCGGAAACAGAUAACUUUUCUGAACCUGCAGAUAGACAGGCAUUGUUUAAAGAUGUCCAAAGUAGCAGAAAGUUUAAUAGCCUACACAGAGCAGUACGUGGAAUAUGACCCCUUUAUAACUCCUGCUGAGCCUUCCAAUCCCUGGAUAAGUGAUGAUGCAGCCUUGUGGGACAUUGAAAUGAGCAAAGAACCUAGUCAGCAGCGUGUGAAAAGAUGGGGUUUCUCCAUGGAUGAGGUGCUGAAGGACCCAGUAGGACGAGACCAGUUCCUUCGCUUCCUGGAAUCAGAAUUCAGCUCAGAAAACCUCAGGUUUUGGUUGGCUGUCCAAGAUCUGAAAAAACAACCUCUACAGGAUGUGACCACCAGAGUGGAGGAAAUCUGGCAAGAGUUCCUAGCUCCUGGGGCCCAGAGUGCUAUCAACCUGGAUUCCCACAGCUAUGAGAAAACAAGCCAAAAUGUCAAAGACCCAGGGAGAUACACAUAUGAAGAUGCACAGGAGCACAUUUACAAGCUGAUGAAGAGUGACAGCUACGCGCGCUUCCUCCGUUCAAACGCUUACCAGGACUUAUUGCUGGCAAAGAAGAAGCCAGAGAAUGAGCAAGGUCGUAGAACUUCUCUAGAAAAGUUCACUCGCAGCGUGGGAAAGUCUCUGACUAGCAAGCGCCUGACGGGCCUGAUGCAGUCCUCCUGACAGCCGCCGACGGCCGCCCCGCCGGAGCCACAGCAGUUUCGGGGAGAGCGGGGUGCUGCGGGGGAGAGCACGAGGAAAAGCAGGGAGCAACGCGCCGGGGGAGAGCCUGCUCAUCACCGUUUACAUCGGCACUUUCUUACCUGUACAGCCUUGCAAGGACACUGAGCUCGGCACGGGUACUUGGGGGCCUUCUUGCUUCUGGGGGAGCAUGUGCCGCUGCACACAGGAGGCAACAAGAUAAGCGCACGGUGUCUUGUUAUGUAAGGAAACAGACCCAACUGCAGCUUGGAGGAAGAAGAGCUGAGAGAGAUCGGUGUUUUUCCUUCACCUCUUCUCUCCCUGGCACAGACACGGCUGUAAUAGAUGCCACCGCAAUCCCAUUUGCUCCCUUUCUUGUGGCCAUCUGGAUCCAGUAAAAUAUCUGCUGGAAGCUCCUUCUCCUUUCCACAAAGUAUCAAAUGCAUUUCUCCUGCAGAUUCAUUGACUUUAGCGUUGUUUUUUCUUUCCUAUGUCUCUCCUCAUCUAAAAUAACAAGAAAGAAAGGCACUACUCAAGUUCGUCACUUGCUGUCCUUCCAAUGGCAUGUAGCAUGUCCAAAGACAAUGGCCAGAUCCUCAGCUGUAGGCAGAAGAGCAUGAGUGGCUUUCACCACCUGAGGAUCUGCCUUAUGGAGUCAGACUCUGAUUUUGGUGCAAAUCCUCUGACAUCAGCGGGAUUGCUCUGCAUGUACAUUUAGUGCAAGUGUGAUCAGAGUCUGCCUGAUGCUCAGAGUCAUGUUUUAGAUGUAUAACGCACUUAUGCACAAACACACAGACACACACAUGCGGUAUUUAAAAGUGAGUUGUUUUAUAUUGUAUUUGGUUUUCUAUUUAUUUAAGGUUUUGCAUACUUAUUCAAUGAUGGAUGUUCAAGUUUUACUGCAAGUACAUAGAGUUGAACCACUUAGAGGUAACUCCAGCUCUAAUUAGAGCCAAAAUCUGUUCAUGUGUAUACAGGGAAAGGUAACUGCUGUGGGCAGGUGUGGUGGAGAGCAAAAUUCAGUCCACAGCAAGGAGAGAACUGAUGGAGACGGGCUUGGCAGAAGCAGCUUGAGACUGGGCAGGCACUGGGUGCCAGCUAACCCUCCUGAGCAGCAGCACCCCCGGCCAAGCUGCCACCCUCAGGUAUCUGACCCAGCUGAGGAGCACCGCUGUAAGAGCGCACUCACCACUCGAGGAAAUGAGUUCCCAUCUGAGGUAGAGCCCAUGAAUACAACUGCAAGAGGUGACCCAAUAGCUUGUGUCAAAACACUGGGAUUUUGGAGGUCAGGAUAAGGACAGAACUGAAGUGACUUGUUUAAUGCUAAAACCCACGUUAUACUAGCUGCAGAUACGGAAAAUGGACUGCAUUCAUAUACAGUAUAUUGCCUAUAUACAAAAUUUUCAAGACUCAGUUGACUUAGUGCCACAAAACCUCCUAUAUUUUACAAGCCGUUCAGAUCUGAAGUGUAUGUGAAAAUAGACACUUGGUCUUCUUCACUCAUGCCAAGCCAAGCUGGCUUUUUGUGCAGGUGGUAGAAAUUGCUAUAUGGCUACAAGUCCGCAUUCCUAUCAAGGCAAAAUUAUCUAUCUCGCUAAGUAGACAGCUGGCUACCAACAAUAUCCACUUCUGAGGCAAGUAUUAUCCUAACAUUCAAGGCCUAUGUAUGCACAAAAUCAGGCCAGCAUAGUUUCUGUCAGUAAAAGGACUUUCCCUCUUUACCCAUGAAAUUUCUCAUUUUGAUACCUCAAUUAUUUUUCCCAGACAGCUCCUGUUAACAGUUUUACCUAAGGUCCAUAGGACUCUCUACACCUGCAUGACUAUAAGUAGAGUACUGAGUAUGAUACUUGUUCUUUACACUCCCCUAAUUCCCAUAAUCAGCCUGUUUUCUGAGGUCUUCAGGCCUAAUUCAUUGGCAAACAAGUGAGCUUCAGGACUGCAGAACCAUCGUGGAUGUGUCUGAACAUUCAGGUGGUGUCCUGCCUCUGAAGGGGACGUUUAGUCCCCUCCAAAUGGUCACCCAGCUGUCCUGGCAGGACCCGUUUGUUCUCUGUCAGCCCCCCAGCCACAGGUUCCCCUCUGGCAAUGGCGGGGCUUUGUGCAACAGGCCCAGCUGUCCAUCCAGGCACAUUCAUACAUGCCCCCUUUUGUCAUCCCGAAGAACAAAGGCUGGCUCCUCUCAGAGCUCGCUGAUCAUAGUGCUAUCAGUGCUAAGCCCACCACUGCCACACGUUGCUGGAGGUCUGUAGGCCAACGACUGCUCACACCCCAAGCAGCUCUGGGCCAAGGCACUCCCCCAGUUCCUCUCACGGGAGGUCUGUCUUGUGAAUCCCAAACCAGUUUGCAGAGCAAUCCUGAGCAGGAUGCACACAUCAAGCAUGAAACUGGUGCAUAGCGAGGAGCAGCGCUGGGGAACAAAGGGUCACCUGCACACAGGCAGGGCUGAGGGCUGCCAGCCCCAUUGUUCUGUGCAAGCUGCAUAUGGCAGUGGGAUGGAUGAGAGCAGGGUCCGGCCCAUGCAGAGAGCAGCAGCACCAGGCUUUGACCCAGAGACGUGCCGCUGCCCUGUAAGCAAAGUACCCGGCUCCUCUCCCCUCUCCCCUUCUGCAGGACAGUCGUGUCAGCUGCCGCAGUGUUUUGCCCGCAGGGAACAGGCUGUGUUUGAACAGUUGAGAGCAUGGAGGGAGCUUCUAGGACACAGAGAGCAUGCAUAUGGGCGUACAUCAGGGGGCCUGGCUGCUGAACAGCUUGCCAUCUAAAUGCACACUCGUGCAAGCUAAUCUGCUCCGCAAUGGCGAGCUGAGCGGACAGAGCUCAAUAUGCUCUGGAGACAGGAAAGCUCCCCUCCUUGUUUCCUGACCAAAUUUCUCUAAAACAAACAUCAUGAGAGAAGACAAGGCGUCCUCCUGGGAGCACAUAUGAACUGCUCUUCACCUGUCUUUUACUUCACACAUGACGAUACUAACAUAUAAUGACUUCCACAUGAACUGCAUCCUUGAAUUAUUGCUCUUUAAUGACAUUGCUUAUUGCAAGUGAUGCUUUUCUUGCACACUCACUAGUACCCCGCUGAGUGCUGCAAGCAGUAACCUGCUGCUUUAUAAGCAUCCCAUGUCUUCCAACUACCUCAUCACCCAGAAGAUGAGUUAGGAAAUCAGCUUUCCACCUCUAUUUGUGUUCUAAAUGGCAUUGUUUCAAGGAAAGGCAGAACUGGAAAGCUUUUACAAUCUUCACGCUGUGAAAGCUAGCCACCAGGCGUCCCAUGCUUGCAGGGCUAUGGCUGUAAAAUAUGGCUGUACACUGCUAUUUGGAUAAUGGAGUAUCCAAAGCAUUCAUAGCUACUGUGGUGGAUCAGCACCGGGAUGAGCACAAGGAAGGUUCGACAAGUCAGUGCAGCGCCAGGCUAAGGCAAAUGGAUUAAUACACUCUCAGUAUAACUCAGUGCUAGGAUCCCAUAGAGUACUGUAAUAAAAUGGUAGCAGGGCAGCCAUAAAAAGUCACAGUAAGCUGACAUAAUACCAGGAUAAAUGUAGCAAUAAGGUAACACAGGCCACUGCAGUGAAGUAGCAUUUUGAUAAUGCAGCAAUAAGACAACAGGGCGCUGCAGUAAAUUAGUUUGGGGAAUAAGGCUGUAGUAUCAGCGUGUGUGGACAAACUGUGGUACAUCUGUACCAGGUACUGCAGCAAUAAAGAUAACACGAGGUCUUCUAGUAAUAAGUUACUACAGUAACAGCAACAUGAUGCACUGUACAGCUCUAUCAGGAUGCUUCCAUGCUGCAGUCAAAUCCUACAAGACAUGGUAGAAAGACAAUGAAGGCAAAAUGUGCCCCAUUUUGGACCACAAAUAAUGGGUCUGUUUUCUGCAGAGUAACCAAAAUCCUGGAACAAUCUUGGCAAUACUGAUCCUAUCAGUCCCUGCUUUCAAGGAAGCUGAGGCAAGAGAGUUCCCCCAUCCAGUCUAUUAUUUUGGUCUGAAAAUACAAAAUCAACUUGUUGUCUCUUUGGCCAAAUUGUCACAGGCAGUGGCAAAGUUCUUUGGUUGGUCCUUACUCAGGUGACACCCCAGCGAUUUCAGUGGUCCUUUGCCUUGGGAAGGAUUUGGCUCUGUCAUCUUCUGGCAUGGGUGGUGCUUUCAGCCUACAACUCUUUCUGUUUUGGGGCGGGGGAAGGAGAACCCAGGUACAGGACAUCCAACUGUACUGGCCUGUUUCCUGAAAUGCACAAAUAAAUUGAGCAUCCUGGAAAAGUCAAAGCAA